AUAGUCAUUGUAUAUUCAGCUACUUUGGAUACGCACCAAGCAUCAUGUCUACCUUCGCUUUCCUCCUCCUCUGCGUCCAAGCUUGCUUGGUUCAGAAUGUGUACAGCCAGUGUCUGCGUGGUGCUGCUGGACCUAUUGGGUGGGACGCUGGAGUAGCUGGCUGCGGCUGGGGUCCCGGCGUUGCUGGCGUAGGCUGGGAAGGUGGAUUCGCUGGGCCCGUUGGCUACGGCUGGGGUCCCGGCGUUGCUGGCGUAGGCUGGGAAGGUGGAUUCGCUGGUCCCGGUGCUUGGGGCUGGGGUUCCUACGGAGGUGCCGGUGUUGGUGAUGUAGCAGUUGCCGGUGAAAUGGGCGUCGCUGGUAGCACACUUGUCGCUGGUCAAGUGCCAAUCCUUGGUGCUGUCGAAUUCGGAGGUGUCGUGCCAGCUGCUGGAGCUGUGUCCAUCGCCGGUAGCUGCGGCUGCGGCUGCAACGGUGGUUACAUUUACUCCGCAGCUACCGGCGAUGGACACAGCUCCAGCAGCUGGCACGACACCUCCGAAUUCGACAGCACCAAGGAUUGGCACUUGACCAGCGACAAGUGUGCUACCAGCGACGCCCAUUUCACCGGCAACUGCUACAUCACCAACACCGGCACCUCCGUAGGAACCCCAGCCCCAAGCACCGGGACCAGCGAAUCCACCUUCCCAGCCUACGCCAGCAACGCCGGGACCCCAGCCGUAGCCAACGGGCCCAGCGAAUCCACCUUCCCAGCCUACGCCAGCAACGCCGGGACCCCAGCCGCAGCCAGCUACUCCAGCGUCCCACCCAAUAGGUCCAGCAGCACCACGCAGACACUGGCUGUACACAUUCUAAACAAAAACAAGACGACAUAUCAACUUAUUCGACAUUGUCAAGUUUGCUUUCAAACGGUCAACAUGUUCAAGGCUGCUCUUUUGGUCUGCGCUCAGGCGCUCUUGAUCCAGUCUAUCGCUGGACAAUGCAACGGAGCUGGAUGGGGAUGGGGUGCUCCCUUGGCCGCUGCUGCACCUUACGGUAUCGGCGCUCCUCUGGCUGGUGGUUGUGGUUGCGGUGUUGCUGCGGUCCCAGCCUCUAGCGGUGGUGGUCUCGGUGUGUCAAGCGCUUCUCCUAUCCCACCAAACGGAGUGUCUGUGCUCUCAGAAAACGCUAUUGAAGGAGCUCUAGCAGUCGCCGGUGCUUUACCUUUCUUGGGAACCGUUGGUCUGGAAGGUGUUCUGCCAACUGCUGGUGCAGGUGCUGUCAACUACGGAUGCGGUAACGGUGCCGUCGCCAUUUUGGAAGAAAUUGCCCCCGCUGGUAUUGCUGGCCCAGUCGGCUACGGCUUUGGUGCUAUUGACGGUAUCGGCUACGGUGGUAUCGGUUACGGUAUUGGUCCUGUGGCUGGAGUUAACCGUGCUGGCUGCGGCUGUGGCGGUUUUAUCUAAACACGAAGACAACGA